CAAGAUUCUUUUCUCAUGUUUUGACUCUAGUUUACUUUAGUUUAUUAUUCUUUUUUUAUAUAUAUACUUUUUGUAGGUUUACUAACAAACAACCAGUUAUCAUAUCUAUCCCAUGCUUACUCCAUGUAUAUUAACUGGAACAAUGGGAUUCUAAAUCAAAGUUCACAACUAGCCGGUGUUAAGUUUAUCUAGUUUGGGGAGCGUCGAUACUUCAUUUGACCACAGAGGUUUAUUUUUAUUAUGAUGAUGGAUUCAUGAUGUUGGGCAAAAUCUAAAAGGAAAGACCUGAACACAUUGCUUGAAUGGCUUUUGUUUCAGCUACAAGAAAAGUAGAAAACAACAAAACUUAUUAUAAAUUUGGUCCUACGAAUAGGAAAUCCUCUGACGUAAGCGGUAGUUAAGUACAUAUAUAUAAGUCUUAUACACUGGUUUUGACAUUAACUUUAAAUAAGCUGCAAGUAAGAAUAAAGCACUUCACAAAUUGUUCUACUAGUUACCCAUUAAAUAGAAGCAUACUUCAAAUGGCAUCUCAUGAAAGAAAGACUUCUGGAAACACACCCAGUGCUGCCGAAUGGAAUGUAUCGAACCUUUACGAAGAAACGAUACAGAAUCAUAUCAGUUCAUUCUGGUAUUCCGUGCCAGAAAAAGAAAUAAUUCAGCAAAUGUGGAACGAAACACGGAACCUGUCUGCUGAGUACGACUAUACACAUGGCGCUGUGUUAUUUAAAUUCUAUUUGUUUGAUUCCUAUAGUAGUAAACUCACUGGAGAGACGCUUCAUCAAUUAUUUGUGAUACUGGGAUUGAUUAUUGGAUGCCUGGGGCUCGUGGGAAAUGUUGUCGCCAUCUUCAAAAUUUUGUGCGAUAAAAAGUUCCAUACUCCAACAUUCGUUGUCAUCGGAUGUCUCGCAUUUUCAGAUCUUCUCUUUAUUGUCUGCAUGUUUCUUUAUAGAUUUUCCAACUUUACUAUGUAUAUUUCAUCCCAAGGUUUUCCUGUCUUAAUAACAAUGACGAUUUUACGUGAGACGAUUUUUCAUAGUUCAGUUACACACAUUGUACUCCUUUCUGUAAUUAGAUAUCUAUUAAUAGCAUAUCCGUUACAGAGUAAAAUACGACUGACCCCGACAGUUAUCUUGGGAUGUUCUAUUGUGGUUUGGGUUUUUAGUUCACUAUUUUCAGCAUUGAUAUCACUACCAUCAAUAGAGGACUAUAUUUAUGCACGCGUACGGACUAUGUUUUUCAUAAGAAUAACAUAUUCUGGGUUAUCUGUUUGUGCAAUCCUGACUUUACAUAUUUUGAAGAUGAAAACCUUGAAAAAAUCUUCUAUUCCUUCCAGCAUCGGCAGAAGAAUGAAUGUUAUAAUUUUUAUUAUAUUAUUUGUUUUUAUCUGCUAUCAAGUUGCAUACAUUUUAUUCGAGUUUUCUGUAUAUCUUGUAACGAUGUCAGUGUAUUAUUUUGUCUAUUUACAUGACAUUUUUUUUAUCCUUGUUACACUGAAUUACUCCUGUAAUCCUUAUAUACUUUUCUUUGCUUCAUUUUUAUGCUCAAGCAGCAAACGUAAUCAAAUUAAACACAAGUAAAAACAUGUAGCUAUUUUGAUAGGGUUUUCCUAAGAUUGCCAUAUAGAUUGCAUUUUGAGAGUAUAACUGCUCUGCUGAAUAAAUCCGCGGGUAACAUGUGCCAUUUAGAAAUACGAAUAUUGCAAGAAGGGUUGGUUUCCCCCAGAUUCUACUUAAAUGUGCUUAUGCUUUUUUGAAUAAGAAAAACUAGCAUUGGUUUGGGCAUAUAGUUGCAAUGAACAAGUAUUGCCCUUUCAAGUUUAAGGUACAGUUGUCCCAAUAAAUUUUCUCUUUUUUAAUUUUGUCCUUUUUGUAAAACAGUAGAUAUGCAAACUCAUCAAUAUCAUAGCAUAAGAUUUGCUCGUUAAUGAGAACUUAAAAAAAAGCGCUUAUAUACAUUAAGUAGUUAAAUGUUGGCUUUUUAAAGAAAUUCAGUCUUAACAUCAACGGUUUUUUUUUUAAUUUGGAAAGCCUUCAUAAAUGUAAGAAUUUUGUACGCGUUUAGGAUUUGAAUAGCCUACCUCUUAUAAAAUCUCUAUUAGCAUAUGAGUUACAUGAUAUUUCAUAAAAUAUAAUAUAAAAGGGAUACCUUUUCAUUUCCGACAAUAAAUGUUUUUAUUUCCGACAUUAAUAUUUUUUUAUAUCCGGAAUUUUUGCAAAGUAUCUCACCGGCAAUUUUAAAUGUUUACCAAGUAGAUGAAAUUGAAAGGAAUUUAUUUCAAAUUUCAUUUUUGAAAAAAAAAUCAUUAAUAAAAACAAAAAAAAAAGCAUUUCGUAUACAUUGUAAUUGCAUCUGUACAUGUAGCAUUAAGUAUACGUAAAAUAGUUCAAUGCACAUUUAACCUUUUUAUCACCAUUUAUGUUCUCUAAAUUAACUGUCAACAACUGAUCCGAAAUUAUGUCAAAGACAUUGACGUACCAGAAAUUAUUCUUAUUAAAUCAAAUUUUUCACAAGAGAUUUCUUCAAUCCUGAUUUUAUUACCGAAAAGCACUCCCUGAAAAAUGUCAAAGAUGAAAACUUGAAUAUGUCGAAAAUGAAACUAAAAAAUGUCGGAAACGAAAAGUUAAAAAUCUAUAUAAAAAAUGCUCUAUUGAAAUGCAGUAAAAUAUAUGAAACUGUGAUUAAUAUUACUCAGAGCUUAUACAUGUAUAUGCUGUAAAAUAAUCUUACUGUUCACACUUGUUAUAUUGCCACUAAUACAAUGUUACUAAUUAGCCAGCACCCUAGAAAAUAAGAUGACGUUAUGAAAGUCAUUAGCUCUAAUGGCAUUUAAUUGGAUGAAAAAUUCAUAUGAAUCACAUGCAAUAUUUAACUACUUUUUAACGCAUCUCAUUAUAAGUCCUCUUAGCCUCCAUUCCAGUUUUAUCUGCAUCACAUGUUUCUUUUGCUAUGAUUACAUUUUACAGUCAAAACGGAUAAAAUGCAUUCCUGAAUGUUCAUGUUUCUUUAAUGGAUAAAAUUACACAUUUGUCAAUUUUAGAUUUUGGCACAACUGUACAUAUUUUUUAGAGAGACUUACCAUUAUACAGUUUAGCAUUGUUCUCAUCCUUUUUAAAGCAUAGUAUAAUAAAGU